AUGGCGACUGAUUCCGAUAGAUGUGUUUUUCGUGCCUUUGGCCAGGAAUAUAUCCUGAAUAAGCACUUUCGACUCGUAGAUGAAAUUGGCCGGGGCUCCAACGGCCUUAUUUGUUCUUCGACUUAUACAGAGAAGAACGAAGAAAGCACAAUCGCUAUCAAGAAAAUCCCUAAUGCUUUUGUGAGUAAACUAUCCUGCAAGAGAACCCUUCGUGAACUAAAAUUAUUGAGACAUUUUAGAGGCCACCCUAAUAUAAUCUGGCUUUUUGAUACUGAUAUAGUUUUUUAUCCAGACGGAGUAUUAAACGGCGUGUACUUGUAUGAAGAACUAAUGGAAUGUGACCUUUCUCAAGUGAUAAGAUCCGGACAAUGCUUAGAAAAUACACACUGUCAAAGCUUCAUAUACCAGAUACUUUGUGCAUUGAAAUACAUACAUUCUGCUGACGUUUUACACCGCGACUUGAAGCCAAAAAACCUACUUGUCAAUAGUGAUUGCCAAUUAAAGAUUUGCAAUUUUGGUCUGUCACGAGGUUAUUCAGAAAACUAUGAAGAAAACAAUCACUUUCUUACAGAGUUUGUAGCAACAAGAUGGUAUAGAGCGCCGGAAAUCAUGUUGAGUUAUCAAGGAUAUACGAAAGCUAUCGAUGUUUGGUCAACAGGGUGUAUUUUGGCGGAAUUGCUGGGCGGAAAACCUAUCUUUGAUGGCAAAGAUUAUGUAGAUCAACUGAAUCAUAUCCUCCAAAUACUCGGAACUCCAUCAAAGGAAACAUUACAAGGAAUCAGUUCUCAGAAGGUUCAGAAUUACAUCUUCCAGUUCGGUAAUAUACCAAGGACACCUUUUGAGAGUCUAUUGCCGAGAGCUAGUUCAGAAGGAUUAGACCUAUUACGGAAAAUGCUGGAGUUUGAUCCGGAACGACGAGUAACAGUAAGUGAGGCAUUAGAGCAUCCAUAUUUGUCCAUAUGGCACGAUAUAGACGAUGAAUCUUCAUGCGAAAUAAAGUUUGACUUUGAGUUCGAACAUAUCGAUAGUAUAGAGGAACUACAAAGCCAAGUCAUAAAGGAAGUGUUUGACUUUAGACAAGUUGUUAGGAAACAUCCCAUUGGUGGAGACUUUUCAUCAUCAUCUUCGUCAUCAGAAGACCCCAUUCUCCAAGAGGUUGCUGAUGUCCAUCCCUCAAUAAAAAAAUUAGGCAGCCCUAACUCCGAUGCCUCUCUUGUGAGUCAACUACCAUCAUUGACUACAACUCAGCCGUUUGAAAGCCAUGUAAAGGCAAACUCAGGUUCGUCUCAAGGUGCAAACACGCUCGAAUGCAAUACCACCCAGGAACAUAAGGACGCGUUGAGGUCACACAGCGGGCCAAAUAAAACGGAAUGUUUGAUUGUGUCAUCAUCUCCUCCCGAACAUAAUACAAAUGGUAAUGAGAGUGUAAGCCAGGAUACCAAUGACAAUGACAGUAUUUUUUUCUUUGAUUUAGAAAAAGAAUUAGAAUUUGGACUGGAUGGUAGAUUUUUAUAA